AUGGUGGCUCCCAGGAACACCGCCUACGCCGAGGAGAGCGCCGAGGUCGAGGUUUUGUACGCCAACCUCACUAAGCUCAACUCGCUCACGAGGAAGAUCCAGGGCUCCCUUGUGCGCCUAGAGACCAGUGGACAGGUGGUCAAAGAGGCCAUUGGCCCCAUAUACAGCAACACACAGUCACUUCAAAUCACGAAUACUAAUAUCGACAAAGUCAAUGAUGCUAUCGACCGUCUUCGCCAGCCUCUCGACGCGAAGAGCCGCGAGGAAGGCAUCAUUCGCGCCGGACCGCAAAGCGCAGGUCUUUCGCAGUACCUCUCGGCAAUGAAACGUGUUGAAAAGGCGCUGGUCGACCUCAACGCGACGAACCUUCGAUCCAACCAGACUGCGAUCACAGACUUCAACUCCCUUCUGGGCACAGGAAGCAUCAACUUGCAAGAGAUGUUCCGGUCUGAAUUGAUGCAGAAUACCGUUCCAAUUGAACCUUUGCACUACGUGACAAAAGACCUCCCUUUCCCAUCGAUUCCCGAAGAAACAAUUUCACAUUUGGCACCGUUAUGCUCUGCAAUCGGCUCUGCAUCCGUUCAUGGCCCGCAGCGCGGUAUGGGAGAUAACCCUGCUCUAAAGAUAUAUGCUGAGGUGCGCGGGCCGUACAUUGCCGCUAGCUUGCAGAACCUCUCCAUUGCAUCUCUCAAUACUGUCAAGCGAAGACCCACCGAUGGGCCUUACAAACAAGGAACCAAUGGCAUUGGUAUGUACUCGAAUGCGUUGGAGGGUUUCAUCACUACAGAACAUGAGAUCAUUACGCAGGUAUUUACUGGAGACCAACAAGGACUUGCGCUGCAGGCGACUUUCCUUUCGGCCAUGGCCGACUACUCCAAGACAUUGCGAGAAUUGAACCAGUACAUCAAGGCAAACUUGAUGACGGAUUGCUUCUUGGCUUUUGAGAUCAUUGAGAUUGUGACUGCAAUGUCCUACCGCAUUGAUUCGAAGACUGCCGAGCUUAAGAGUCUUCUUAUCGAAGCUUUACGGCCCGUUCGUGAGACCGCAAAGUCUUCUCUUUCGGAGUUGCUCGAGGAGACGAAGCGCAAGGCUGCCAAUGCGACGCUACCUCCGGACGGUGGAUCUGUACCAUUUGUUGAGGAGGUAAUGAGCUCUCUUGCCACAUUGACAGGCUACUCGGGCCCCUUGGCGUCUAUCUUGACAUCUUUGGGAGAUGGCAACUGGCGGUCUAAAUCGAAUACCGCCGGCUCUGCCCCCUUGGAUGUUGGUCCGGACAGCGGAACACUCUUCUCUCAUUUCAUUCUGGAUAUGAUCGAGGCCGUUAUGACAGGCCUGGAAUCGCGUGGUCGGGCUUUCCACCGUUCCAAGGCCGCUCUGGGUGUAUUCUUGUCCAACGUCUUCUGCAUCGUUGACCGAUCAAUCCGACAAAGUCCCGAGCUGGCCCGCUACCUGGGUGCGCCAGAUAGUAUUGCACGGAUUGACACUUUCCGUAAGCGCGCAACAUCGACCUAUCUUGAUGCAUGGAAAGAAACAUCUCAAUACUUGUUGGAUGUACAAUAUACCUCUCGUUCUGGAGCACGUCCUAAUUCGGGAGGAGCUGUGGAUUCCAGUGCCAUUGUCAAGAGUCUAUCGUCGAAGGAUCGGGACGCUAUCAAGGACAAAUUCAAGUCCUUCAAUGCAAGCUUUGAUGAGAUGGUGUCCCGCCACAAGUCUCUUCAUAUGGAACGGGAAGUACGAUCUGUGCUGGCCCGGGAGCUGCAGGCUGUUCUCGAGCCGCUGUACGCGCGCUUUUAUGAUCGCUACGUGGAGAUCGACAAGGGUCGUGGCAAGUACAUCAAGUACGAUAAGUCCAACCUGUCGAUUCAACUGGCACAGCUUUCCUGA